AUGAUUGAAGGCCCGGACGACUUCGAUAACCUCGUGUGGGACAAGAGAGACGAAGAAUGGGAGAUAGUGCAGCCGAAGCUUCGCCAACGAUCUACACUACACGCUGUUGAGGACUUCGGGACAGCGAAGUUUAGAAGUACCGCGAAAUGGGUUAGCCACAUGAGUAUCGGAGGCUAUAAUAUCAUAUACAGACUCAAAGUUGAGGGACUUGAUUCUGAGGUCUUGGUUCGACGACCUAUUCCAUGUUACGACCAAUUUCCUGUUGAGAAAACCUCUAUCGAGGCUGCGACGAUGAUGUACCUCGAGAAGCACACCAAGAUCCCGGUCGCUCGGACUUUCUUCCAUGGUGAGGACCCGAAAUUGGGAUCAUUUAUCAUUAUGGAAUAUAUCGAGCACCCCCAGUGCAUGGCUACAGCUCAAAAUGCUACAAACGAGGAUGUCUCCAACCCGUUCACAUUGAACCCCUAUAUUUCCGAGGAAGUCCUUCAAAACCACUAUCAGCAUGUAGCGGCAUGCUUGCUCGAACUUUCGCAACACACAUUCCCUCGAAUCGGAUCACUGGUCGAGGUUAACCCGGGUACCUUCUCAAUCGCAGCAAGGCCUGUUACGAAGAACAUGAACGAUAUGCUUCAGCUUGCAAAUAUUCCAGGCGUAAUUCUCCCACCGCAAUUGAAGACCUAUCAAACAGCUGAUGAAUACUAUGUAUGGCUUGCAGAGAUGCAUAUUGCUCAGCUCGUCUUCCAGCAAAAUGAUCUCGUUAGAACGGAACAGGAAUGCAGAAACAAGUACGUCGCUCGACAACUCUUCCGCAGACUCGCCAGGGACGGAAAGCUCUCCAAAUUUGGUUUCAAAGAGGACAACUGGUCGGCUCAGUCAAAGACCAAGAGCAUGAAGUUGUCCUCAAUGCCUUCGAAUUCCGAUUCAUUCCGGCUUUACUGCGAUGACCUUCGCCCAGGAAACAUUCUCCUUACUGCGUCGGACACAAUUACUGCAAUCAUUGACUGGGAAUUUACAUAUGCUGCUCCGAGUCAAUUCUCCCUGGACCCUCCGUGGUGGCUGCUUCUGGACACACCCGAACAAUGGGAAGCCGGUCUUGACGACUGGGUCAGACUGUAUGAGCCGCGCCUGGAAACCUGGAUUUCAGCCAUGAAGAAAGCCGAAGAAGACACAGAGUUGAAGGGCGGAAUUGCCGGUGUUCCAUUGUCUACGUAUAUGCGAGAGAGUUGGGAUACGGGCAGAUUCUGGCUGACAUAUGUUGCGCGGAAGAGCUGGGCAUUCGAGACUAUAUUCUGGAAGUAUCUGGAUGAGAGGUUCUUUGGCCCACGUGAGCAGGGACUCCCGAGGAACCACUACUGGAAGGCGAGGAUUGAUCUUUUGAGUGAGGAUGAGAGAAACGCGAUGGAACCUUUUGUUGAGCGAAAGAUGAAGACCAGGGAAGAGCGGAAGAUAGUGGACUGGGACCCGGAAGCCGCCAAGAGUCGCUUUGCGGAGAUGCUUUUUGAUUGA